CACAGACACACACUCGGCUGAUGGCUGGGCCGUUGCUGGUGAGCCGAUGACGGACAGGAAGGGCUCGGCUGGACACGGGCAACGUUGUGUUGUGCAGUGCUGUGCUGUCCCGUUCUGUCGCCGGUGGCUGUCAUUGUGUGCGUGACGAGACGCAGCUUGUUCAUUCGCCCGGCGGGAUUGUUGUGAGCUGGAGGGGGGUGGUAGCAGUUGUACCCUACUGUAAGCAGCAAGCAAGCAAGCAGGCUGUUUACCCGCCGUCCAUUACGCAAUGGGCUUUGCCGCAUGGUCACGACUUUUCGCAUCCUGUCCCUUUCUCCCGUCGCGACAUCCUCAUACACACAGCUAGAAACACAAGCUUCUUCGCGCAGCCGGCGCAAAACUGCACUCUCUCUCCAGAAGCACCCCGUCCGCCCGUCAGCACAACAACACAAAAGAAACACUCCCACCCACAAUGUCUGCCGGACCCAAGUGGCGGAUCGCCGUCGGCUGCGAUGACGCAGGCGUCUCCUACAAGAACGCCAUCAAGGCCGACUUCUCCUCGGACCCGCGCGUCACCGACAUCAUCGACGUAGGCUCCAACGAGACGUCCGACAAGACAGCGUACCCGCACCGCGCCGCCGCGGCCGCCAAGCUCGUCGCCGAGGGCAAGGCCGACCGCGCCCUCAUCAUCUGCGGCACGGGCUUGGGCGUGGCCAUCGCGGCCAACAAGGUCAAAGGGAUCAGGGCGGUCACUGCGCACGACAGCUUCAGCGUCGAGCGCGCGGUGCUGAGCAACAACGCGCAGGUCCUCUGCAUGGGCGAGCGGGUCAUCGGGCUCGAGCUGGCGCGCAGGCUGGCCAGGGAGUGGCUGGGCUAUGUCUUUGAUGAGGGGAGCGCGAGUGCCAAGAAGGUCGAGGUUAUCACUGAGCUUGAGAAGGACAUGUAAAAUCGAUUCACAUGAGGGACUAGGGGUGUGAGGGGUGUUGGCGGUAGAAGUGGUUGUUACUAGAUGGCGGUACACAGGCAGAUCUACAAAGGAAAGAAAACAAAAGGGCACGGCUUUCACAAAUGCAGCAGG